GCACUUUCUCUGGUUACAAUAUAAUUACACAGAAGCUGAGGGCAUGUGCUGCCGCUCGUGUUACCUUUGGUUGACUAGCCUGCAGCUGGGCGGUCCUUGAACUGCACGAGCUACAAAGUUACUAGAGAACAAAGUUUGAAACGAGUCCCUGCAAAACAAACCUGUGCAACGCACACUGAGCGCGCAAUCAAUAAUGGACUCAGCCAAGCGGGAUGAACACACGAGCGAGCACGCCGCCAACCUACUGGGGACAGCACAGCGGUCCAAACGGACACAAAGCGCCACAAAAACACAGUCCAGAUACUUGAAAAUCCUCUGUGCGGUCCUUCUGCUUGGCUUGCUGGCUUUAAUUCUCACAAUCAUAUUUAUACUCAAACUCCAUUGCAGUGAUAAAGUUACUGAGAGCUGUAGAAAUCGCUGCUUGUCCAAAAGUCGUGACUCUAAUACAGUGUGCCACUGUGACACUGCGUGUGUAAAUGAAGGCACCUGCUGUCUGGACUACAAGGAAGUGUGUGUGGAACCAAGUCAGCACUGGACGUGUUCUAAAUUCCGCUGCCGUGAGGAGCGUUUGCUCAACAGCCUCUGCUCCUGUUCUGAAGACUGUGUGAAAGUGGGUGACUGCUGCUCAAACUACAAGAGCAUAUGUGAAGGUGAAAAACCUUGGAUUGAAGAGGAUUGCGAGGACAUCAGGACUCCUCAAUGUCCUGCUGGGUUUUCUAAACCGCCACUGCUUCUGGUGUCUCUGGAUGGAUUCAGGGCAGGAUACAUGAAAGCGUACAGCAGCCUGCUUCCUGUCAUCAGCAAACUCAGGAAAUGUGGGACCUCUACACCGUAUAUGCGACCUGCUUAUCCCACCAAGACCUUCCCAAAUCAUUAUACCAUAGUGACAGGUCUAUAUCCAGAAUCCCAUGGAAUUGUGGACAAUAAGAUAUAUGAUGUCACUCGCAAUACCUCUUUCAGUUUGAAAACUGAUGAGAAAUUCAACCCUGCAUGGUACCAGGGUGAACCAGUUUGGCUCACAGCCAUGAGAAACAAACUAAAAACAGCUACUUUCUUCUGGCCUGGAUCCGAUGUGAAAGUCAAUGGACAAUACCCAGAUUUCUGGGUGAAGUAUGACAGGAGAAUUCCCUUUGAAAAGAGGGUGGCAAAAAUAUUUGAAUGGUUGAACUUACCUAAAGGAGAAAGGCCAGACUUUUACACCUUAUACUUUGAAGAGCCUGAUGGCGCGGGUCAUCGAUAUGGACCAAUGAGUAGCCAGGUCAUUGAGGCUUUACUGAAUGUCGACAGACUUAUUGGGUUGCUGAUGGAGGGUCUCAAGCAAAGACAGUUGCACAAAUGUGUUAACCUGGUUCUGGUCUCUGACCACGGGAUGGAAGAAGCGUCAUGUAAGAAAGCUGUGUACGUCUCCGAUUAUCUGGAUAACAUCGAUGACAUCACUGUCAUCCAGGGUCCUGCAGCGAGAGUCCGGCCCAAACGUUUGCCUGAUGAAUUCUUCUCCUUUGAUUAUCAAGGAUUGGUGAAGAAUCUUUCGUGCAGAGAACCGGAUCAGCCGAUGAGGCCAUAUCUGAAGGAGCAUCUGCCCAAACGGCUUCACUUUGCCAGUAACAUCCGUAUAGAGAGCGCACAUCUCUACAUGCAGCCCGGCUGGCAAGCAGCACUCAAACCAAGUGAAAUUAAAUACUGCAGUGGCGGCUUCCAUGGUUCAGAUAACGUCUUCAAGAACAUGCAGGCCAUUUUUAUUGGAUAUGGACCAGGUAUCAAUUCUAAGAUGACUGUGCCACCCUUUGAGAACAUUGAAGUCUACAACCUCCUAUGUGAUUUGCUGGAUAUUCCUCCUGCCCCAAAUAACGGCACCCAUGGCAGUUUAAACCAUCUGCUGAAGAACUCACCCCAACAGCCGGUGUACCCAGCAGAGCGCUCGGCACCAUCGACAUGCACCCCUUUUAGCGGCUCCUUACGAGACCCCCGCGGCUGCACCUGUGACUCCCUCACUGAGGCUGAGGUGAACCAUCUGAACCAGCGUCUCAUCGACUCAAACUCAAACUCUAACGUGAAGCCUGUUCAUCUGCCGUAUGGAAUCCCGCGUGUUCUUCAGGAGCAGUCAGAUCACUGUAUACUUCACCACAGUGCAUACGUCAGCGGAUACAGCAGAAACAUCCUGAUGCCCCUUUGGGUCUCAUAUUCUUUGAAUGCAACGAUGAGUGUCCAGCCCUCAGAAGACACAUGUGUGCGUGCAGAUGUGCGUGUGCAGGCCAGUGCGAGACAGUCCUGCUCUUUCUAUAAGAGCAAUUCCACUCUGACCUUUGGCCUCCUGCAUCCACCCAACUUCAGUCCUACAGGAACUGAGCCGGACUCCUUAAUUACAAGCAACAUGGUGCCCAUGUUUCCUGCUUUCAAAGAUAUUUGGAAUCGCUUUCACAAUGUUCUGCUGGUGAAGUAUUCACAAGAGCUGAAUGGAGUCAAUGUUGUGAGUGGACCAAUAUUUGACAACGACUUUGAUGGGAACUAUGACUUUAUGAACAAGGGAACCCCGAACGUGGCUCCCAUCCCUACACAUUUCUUUGUGAUUCUUACAAGUUGUAAGAACUCAUCCCUUCCCGUCCAACAGUGUGACGGUCCUCUAGAUGCUGUGUCUUUCGUUCUUCCUCACCGACCUGAUCGUCUGGAAACAUGUCAUAAUGGCUCAGACUACUCAUGGCUCCAGGACUGGGUUCAGCUUCACGUGGCACGAAUCAGAGACAUUGAGCUUCUGACGGGCUUGAGUUUUUACCAUGACCGGAUAUCUGUUGCUGAAAUGUUACAACUCAAGACCACACUCAAAACUUUCUAGAAACAUUUGUGAUCUUCGAUCUCAUUUCACUGUGUCUGCAGGCCACAAACGACACGUUCAGAAUGGAAUGGAUCUCUUCACCAUUGAAAUGCAGCUGAGCUUUACCAGACUCUGAAACAAAGACGCAAGUUCAUCCAGAGUCUUUGAACUCCUAAAAUGGGGAAAUAAAAUGUUUUAUGAUCUCUGCUUUUAAUGAAAUCUUUAUUCACAGAGGCGAUCUAUUUAUAACUGGGGAAGUACCAACUGUAUCAGAAACUGGCCCAGCAAUCCUUGAAUAACUAAAAUUCAGUUUUUCCACAAAAAAGAAAAAUACUGUUUUUCAGCAGACAUAUGUUAGUGAUUUAACUGUGGUUGGACUUGGUCCUGCAUAUUCAGCCUUCCAGCCAAAACGAAAAAGUAUCCAAAAAUGAAACUGCAUCAUGAGCUUUUGUGCAAACACCUUGAAAACCACAUUUUCCACAGGAGUCACUUUCAAAAUGUUACUUGCUAUACGUUGUUUUAUUAAAUUGUUCUACAACAAAUGAAAACAAAUGCUCUUUCCAGCAGUUUGUAGCAUGCACAGCCAAUUCAUGAUUUAUUUACUCCAGUAUAAUAGUGGUUUGUACUGCCCCUUCAAGCCAGAAUGCAGAAUUACAUCAAACAAUAGACGAAAAACUCCUCACUGUGCAUCUUUUUCUGGAGUUUUAAUGGAUUCACUCUCUCGGGUCAAUUUUGAUAUCAAUAAAUUUGCAUCAACAUUCUUUAUUACAUUUGUAUGUUACUUUUGUUUUUCAAAGUUUUAUUGUGUAAGCAGA